AUGCAGGACUCUCAGGAUUACGAAACAGCGUCGAUUUCCCACUGCGAUGCCUCAGAAGACAAACAACUGCUCUCAGAGCACGCUGAUAAGCCAGCGCGACAACUCUCCUGGUACCGCGCAACCUGGACCCUCCGCAACGUCCUUCUAUCACACCUCCUUACUUGCCUAUUUGUCUACCUUCCUGUUGUUUACUUCGCGUUCCAACGCGAGGCUUCAUCUCAAGCAUGCGAUCGCAAGUUGUCAACAUGGUCCCCAGCAUUAGAUGAAGGCGCGGUAUCCUACCUCCCACCCGCCCCGUUCGCAGGCGACAUCCUGCAGACGAACAAAUGGCGGGGCGAGGUAGGCGUCACGCCGUCUGCGGAAAUCGACAAGGCAUGGACAGAUAUCGGCGUUGGUGUUCCGGGUUUCCGCGUCUCAGCGGAGGAAGUGCGUGUCUUGGGGAAACCUUUUCGCAAGGGGACGCGGACCCUGCAUGCGAUGCCAGAUGGGAAGGGGGGUUACGUGGCGCAGCUUGAGGUCAACCACUUGCUACAUUGCUUGAAUAAUCUCCGCCAGGCAAUGGCCUGGAACUACGACCACUACUUUGCGGGCAUCCCCGUCCGCGAUGUACAAAUCCACCACGACGCCCUCCGCGCGUCCCUCCAAUGCACUUCCGACACGACCCCUGUCCUUUACUACGACGAUGCCGCCAUCCCGCAGCGCCAAUUUUCGUUCCCCGACUUCUCGACUAAGCAUACGUGUAGAGACUUUGAUAAGUUGAUGGGUUGGACGUGGAGUACGGAGCGCAUGGUUCUGUGGGAGGAUGUUGGGAAUUCGACCUUUCAUCAGCCGGAGCUGUCAAGGGAGGCGAGAGAGAAAGAGGCGCAGGGGGACGGACCACAUGGACACCUUGGUCAUGGGCGGUAG